UGCGACCUUCUAGAUCCCCCCCCCGGCGAUGCCCUUCCUGAUCGCCCCUCCGACAAGGAUAUGAUAUGAAUUCCAUGCGCCCCCCGUCUCCUUCUCCGCACUCCCCCUCCGUCUUAUCCGAGCGCCGGAUCCUGAGGAGGCUAUCGGGCUUAUCCUCGCCCGUCGACCAGCAGCCCCCCGAUAAUAACCACCCCGCCGCAAUCACCGAGGAGAUCAGCGAGAUCAAACGCUACGAGGACUUUACCACCAUCGACUGGGUGCAGGAUGCAGUGCAAGAGCAAGCGCGACGCCGAGCCAAGCGCCGUGAUGGCUCGGGCUUCUGGGACCAGGAAGGCACCUUUGGCUGGCGACGAAAGGUGCGCGAGUCCUACGAUGCCGGACAGGCGUGGCUCGUCAUCACCAUCGUCGGCGCGGUGAUCGGAUUGAUCUCGGCCUUCUUGAAUAUUAUCACCGAGUGGCUGUCGGACAUCAAACUGGGUCAUUGUACCACGGCGUUCUAUCUCAAUGAGAAUUUCUGUUGUUGGGGCGCAGAGGGAGGCUGUUCUGAAUGGAAGCAUUGGACUUCAUAUUGGCUUGUGAAUUAUAUGAUAUACACCUUCUACGCGGUCCUGUUUGCCUUCGUCGCCGCUAGUCUCGUCAAAUCAUUCGCUCCGUAUGCCGCAGGCUCUGGUAUCUCCGAGAUCAAGUGUAUUAUUGCGGGAUUCGUGAUGAAAGGCUUCUUGGGCGCGUGGACACUCUUGAUCAAGUCCAUUGCGCUGCCGCUGGCCAUUGCAUCGGGUCUCUCUGUCGGCAAAGAGGGACCGAGUGUUCAUUUUGCGGUGUGUGCAGGAAAUGUGAUAUCGCGAUUCUUCAGCAAAUAUAGACGGAAUGCAUCCAAGACUAGAGAGGUUUUGACCGCGACGGCAGCGGCCGGUGUAGCUGUUGCCUUUGGCAGUCCAAUUGGAGGGGUGCUGUUCUCUCUGGAGGAAGUUGCGUCGUAUUUCCCACUCAAAACGCUAUGGCGAAGUUACUUUUGCGCAUUGGUUGCGACUGGUGUUUUGGCGGCAAUGAACCCCUUUAGAACCGGACAACUGGUCAUGUUUCAAGUACAAUACGAUCGCACGUGGCAUUUCUUCGAGCUGAUAUUCUUUGUCUUCAUCGGCAUCUUCGGGGGUCUGUACGGAGCGCUUGUGAUCAAGUGGAACCUCCGAGUGCAGGCAUUCCGCAAGAAGUAUCUCUCCCAACAUGCAGUGUUGGAGUCGGUUAUCCUGGCCGCCAUUACAGCCAUCUUGUGCUUCCCGAACAUGUUUCUGAGAAUUAACAUGACGGAAAUGAUGGAGAUUCUGUUCCGGGAGUGCGAGGGUGGCCAUGACUAUCAUGGGCUUUGCGACAGACCCAAACGUCGCUGGUAUAUGGUUGGAUCAUUGGCGAUAGCCACCUUCCUUCGAAUCUUUUUGGUCAUCAUAUCCUACGGGUGCAAAGUGCCAGCGGGAAUCUUCGUGCCGUCGAUGGCCGUGGGAGCGUCGUUCGGCCGUCUGGUCGGCAUUCUCGUGCAAGCGCUAUAUGAAUCUUUUCCCGACUCCAGAUUCUUUGCCUCAUGCGAUCCUGAUGUUCCGUGCAUCACACCCGGAACGUACGCCUUCCUGGGCGCUGGCGCAGCGCUGAGUGGUAUCAUGCAUUUGACCAUCUCGGUGACGGUCAUCAUGUUUGAAUUGACUGGCGCAUUGACCUAUAUUCUCCCUACUAUGAUCGUCGUCGGCGUCACCAAAGCAGUCGGCGACCGCUUCGGCAACGGGGGCAUCGCAGACCGCAUGAUCUGGUCGAACGGCUUCCCCUUCCUCGACAACAAAGAAGAACACGUCUUCAACGUGCCCGUCUCCCACGCCAUGACCAGCGACCCGCUGACCCUACCUGCCUCCGACUUCCCCGUGCGCGAAGCCGAGCACCUCCUCAGCGACAACAAAUUCCAGGGCUUCCCGAUCGUCGAGGACCGCUCCUCCAAGAUCCUCGUCGGCUACAUCGGCCGCACCGAACUGCGGUACGCCAUCGACCGCGCGCGCGCCGAGGGCAUGGUCUCGCCGACGGCGCGCUGCGUCUUCACCAAAGAAGCCGCCGAGGCGUCCGUCGCGCGCCGCGCCUCUUCCUCCCGCCACUCCCUCGUCCCGGACACCUUCGACGCCAUCCACCGCAGCUCGGGCUCCAGCUUCGUCGACUUCAGCCGCUACGCAGACCACACGCCCCUCACCGUGCAUCCGCGCCUGCCGCUCGAGACCGUCAUGGAGAUCUUCAAGAAGAUGGGCCCGCGGGUCAUUCUCGUCGAACACCGCGGCCGCCUUUCGGGCCUCGUCACCGUCAAGGACUGCCUCAAGUACCAGUUCAAAGUCGAGGCCGAGGAACAGGCCCUGGCGGCGACGAACAAUCCCCAGGAACUGCGGCUGGGAGAGCAUCUGCACGGGCAGGGCGAUACGCUGGAAGAGCGGUUGUGGCAUUUCAUACAGUCCUUGGGUUCGAGGAUUCCGGGCUGGAACAGGCCGAGUCGGACGCCUGGUGAAUACCGCGGGGUGGCGCAGGAUACGGGGGUUGUGGAGUUGGAGGAGAGGCAGUAGUCUGGUCUCUGAAUGGUUAUGUAUACACUUCCUACAUAGAUUCUGGAUCUGGCAUCCAGUUGAAUAUAGAUUUGCU